AUCUGUAGCAGGCUAGCAGUGAGAGCCGGAACUCGGGUAGCAGUGACCAUAGUGAGGAUGGUCGGAGAAUCGGACGAAGUUCCCUUUUCGGUGCCCGAUGACCUCUCAGACUUUGAAAAACAAAUAGUCGAACGAUUGAAACAACUGGGUUUGGUGCCUUACGAUACCCCUGAUCGGGAACGGGACGAUCCGGAUGACGCCGUCGCCGAGUCGUCGGAGCUCUCGCCCCAUCCUGAUUUGUGGCGUCUCGACAACACUGACUGGUGCAGCUGCAGCCGAUGUGCUGUGUUGCCCAGCUUCGUGCCCGACGAGUGCCGCUGCUGCAGGGAUAUGGGUCCCAAGUUGACUCGGAUUCAGCGCCUGCGCUGCAUCACGACGCACGAGGAGUUUCCCCUGGUGUGCCUCAACCUAGUGAUGCUCAGGCUAGCCUACUUCGAGUUGCACGACCGAAGAUUCGCCAUGCACCACGACAUGCAUAGGCGUUAUAGGUAUGUUGCCUAUCGCCGAUUUGUGCGCUGGGUGUGGGGGCGACUUGGCAGGGGCAACAGGUUUGUCCUGCCUUCUUGUGUUGUGCGGACAAUCAGGGAGGCAUUUCCUUGUGAGGAGGAGACGGGGUUUAGGUACCCAAGGUUUCCAAGGUCACAAGUGCACAAACCAGGUCUCAACGAAGUGUUCCUGGGUGCACUGGUACACGCAGAUAACGGAGAUCCCUGGUACAUCAAGGCGAAAGUCAACAACCAGGAGGUCACAUUCAAGGUGGACACUGGGGCGGACGUUACCGCCAUUCCUCAUACCGAGUACAAGGUCGGAGAGGUGGCAAAGCUAGAGCCUGCCGGAGAAGAUCUUCGGGGGGCAGGAGAUUCGCCGUUGACAACACUCGGGAAGUUCCAGGCGACGAUAACUUGGAACGGCAGAACAACGAGAGAAACUGUCUACGUAUCGGAAAGACUCCGACAUCCUUUACUCUGUCUCCCGGCGAUUCAGGCUCUGCAAGUGCUGCCAAGCCUGAAUGAAAUCAAGGCUGACAAUCAUCUGGAGCAUGAUCGCGUACUUGCCAAGUACCCGUCUCUAUUUCAAGGACUGGGGAAGAUUAAGUCAGUUUGUAAUUCGGCUUGGAAUAGACCGUUGCGACUCAACAACGGUGUCUGUUUGGGUAUCGUACAAAAACACCUUGUCAUUCAUAAAAAGUUUAUCAAACACUAG